AUGCGUAUGUUCUUGACGUUCUUGACUCAACAUAAAUUUAUCUCUGAGAUUAUUCGGGACACUGGUCUUCAGGAUGCAAAAAUUGCGGACAGCCCUUAUAUCCAAGGACUGAAGCUUGGCUCAGAUAUGGGGCACCCAUUACAGGACUCGGGAAGUUAUCGUCGUCUUGUUGGCCGCCUUCUAUAUUCGUCCAUGACACGACCAGAUAUCAGUUAUGCUGUUCAACAGCUCAGUCAGUUUAUGCAAAUUGCUCACCAAUCCCAUCUGAAAGCUGCACUCACCGUGGUCAAAUACCUCAAAGGCACCAGUUUUACAGGAUUAUUUCUGCCGGCAGCAAAUGAUUUGAAAUUAAGAGCUUUUUCUGAUGCAGAUUGGGCGUCAUGUAGUGAUUCCAGACGAUCCAUUACUGGGCUCUUCUUUGUUGAUCAAGGCAUUACAAUCCGAUCGUAUUGA